AUGGAGGGCCUGCUGCAGGACCUUCUGGUCGAUAGGCCGACAGCCCUCGUCAACCACCUCGUGGACCUGGGUGUCCAGACGUGUGAAGAUGUUCAGGGCCUUUGGCAGUCCGGGGGGGGCAUUGCUGGACGAGCCUCCCAGCGCCAGAAGUUGAAGGAGAUUUGCAUUCACCGCCAAUCGGCUAUCUCCACAUCCGCACCUUCUCGGCCGGAAGCUUCGCCUCCGCCAGUGGCAGCCCAAAAUGAGCAGCUCGGUGACCUUGGGACUGAGCUCCCAGCACCACCACCUGUGGAGAGCUCCCCUGACCUUCCGGAGGAUGCCUCCACGGCCCGUGGGUCAGCCGAUGUGCGGGAGCUGCCGGUGCACGUGGAUACUGGGCCCGAGCCUGAGCCAGAAGCCCCCGACAAUGAAUCAGCUUCUCCGGGUGGUCACCUCGGUACCCUGGGACCGUGGCCGGUGCGGAGUCCGGAACGAGUUCGCAAAGAGCGAAUUGCUGGUGCUAUGUUGUUCUUGACCCUGGGAUGCUUCUACAGUGCUUUCUUGGCCAAGUUGAUUUGCCUUUCGACGCGACAGAUUUGUUCAGCUCUGACGAAGCACCUCUUGUACAGAGAGUCGGUUUUCCAAUAUUGGCUUGUAUGCUUGUCCUUGUUGAAGCUUCGUUGCAUGUGGUACGUCGGCAGGAAGGUCCGCAAUCGUUUGAUGCACAGUGUGAAUGGCAACGGUGGCGCAAAGGGCAAAGGCAAAGGCCGUGGUAAGCCUGUUUCGACUGCCGUGCCCGUUACAGGGAGCCCUUCAAUUGAGGUUGCCUCUUCAAGUUCGACGCCUAUGGAUCCACAGUUGGAUGUCCGACAGCAAGUGUUGUUGGCUCUUCCCGACGCCGCUCGGCUGAGGGCUCAGAGCACCCUCAUUGAAAGUGAGUGGUCGGUGCCAGUUGUUCCGUGGCAGAGCCUUGGAAAGGGUGAUGGGAUUGCUGUUGUCCCAAAGCAGUUCUUGGCAGAGGUGAUCCGAAAAAUCGGUUUCAGUGGCCGAAGUAUUGCUGCCGUACUUACACAGGACCCUGACUCUUUGGGCUUGUUGGGAUAUGAUCGCCAGUUCUUGAGGCUGAACUUGAGCACCAUGGGCCCUGGAGGUGAUCGUGUGAUCACAAGUGUGAAGCGUUAUGUUGUUCAACUUGGUUGGGGGAAAGCUGUUGAGCAAGUGAUGCAGGGUGAAGAAGUCUCGAUGAUCUUCACCAUGGCUCGCUUUACAUGCAAGAUGCCUGAGGCCUUGGGCUGGCCUAGUGGCCCCCUGCCCGCGGCUUUGAUCGUAGCCGAGUUAGCGCACUUUCUACCAGAAGAGGCCGUUGAUGAUGUGCAGAGCAGACACAACAACACAGCUACUUUCAUGGUCCAUAGCGACUACACGGACACCCUUUUGCGGGCGUCCGGCCGACGAUCUAUCUUCUUCAAGGAAUCGAAGCCUACUAAGGAGCUCUUGUUGCUGUGGCUUGAGGAUGGUACCUCUCUCGAGGAAGCCAUCAAAAUGGCUGAUCACCAAGACGCCUACGGCGUCGCGCGAAAAGGGAACUCCGCCAAGCCAAAAUACGCAAUUCGCUUUAUGUGUGCUGAGCGCUUGAAAGAAUUUGCUGAGUCUUAUUCGUUGAUUGACGUCACAGCCCUGGGACGAUGGAAAAUUUAUGGCAUCGACACCACCGUGGGCGCGUAUGGCUUGUUGGCCUGGCUGACCCAGCGAGGCUUCCAGGACGUGGAAAUCUUGUAUGUCUCCGAUGGGUCUGGUGUCUGGCUUGCUUCUCGACCUGGGAAGCUGGAUUCGGGAUAUUUCAUGCAGAAUGGCACGAAACGGCAAUUCCACAUUAAAGCUGUGAACGACGUUGCCAAAGACCAAGCCAAAGCACAGAACAGCAGUUCUGCUUCUGCGUCCAAGCCGAAUGCACCGAAGCAGAGUGAUCGUAUGACCAGGCAGAAAGCUUUCGUGGCAUCCCUCCCUGGUGCGGCUGCCAAUGCGGCCUCAUCGCCCAAGAAAGAUCCCUCGAAGCGAAAAGAACCUCCUAAGACGGGAAUGACCCCUGAUGCCAAAAAAGGGGAAGAAUCUCUGCUGUAGCCUUUCUCACCUCCAUAUACUUGUGGGCACUUGUGAUGAAAAAGAGAAACAAGCUGAUGCACAUCCUGUGUGGAAACACAGCUGCCUUUGCCCCCGCGUCUGAUAGUCAGAGAUUUCAUUUAUGUGUCGCAAACACUAAUGGCCUCUCCGCUGAGGGCCGUUGGGAACAAGUGCUGAACCGGUGUGAGUCUUUCACCGCUUUGAUAGAGACCCACUGCACAGCCUCUAUGCAAGCUUCUUUACCCUAUGUAGCCAGGGAUUUCCACCUGCAUUGGGGAGCACCUGUCAGGCAAGGAUCCAGGAGGAGUCGCCUAUGAUUUCCGCAAAGCAUUUGACCUGGUCCCCUUCGAGCUGCUUUUCAGACAUCCCAACAACGAUGUUGUGCGGCGGAAGGGUGUUGGUUGAGCACGCCCCGAAUGGAGCUUGUGUGCUUUCGAGGGCACUUGCUCCACCAAGCCCCAACUU